ACAGUUUCUACUGUGUGAGUUUGUCUGCUCCUCCUAUUCAGGUCUCUCCUCUCCUCCACCAUGAUUCGACUGUGGCUCCCCAGAGGCUCUCGUGUAGCAACUGUGAUCCUGACCCUGAUGGUGCUGAGCCCUCCUGUGGCUUUGGUCAGGGACCCUCGACCGCGGUUCUUGGAACAGGUUAAAGCCGAGUGUCAUUUCUACAACGGGACGCAGCGCAUGCGGUUUCUGGCCAGAGAUAUCUACAACCGGGAGGAGCACGUGCGCUUCGACAGCGACGUGGGCGAGUUCCUCGCGGUGACCGAGCUGGGGCGGCCGGACGCUGAGUACUGGAACAGCCAGAAGGAGUUCAUGGAGCAGACGCGGGCCGCGGUGGAGACGGUGUGCAGACACAACUACGGGGUUUUCGACAGCUUCCUUGUGCAGCGGAGAGCUGAGCCCCAGGUGAGUGUGUACCCGACAAAGACUCGGCCCCUGGAGCACCACAACCUCCUGGUCUGCUCUGUGAGUGGCUUCUACCCGGGGAACAUUGUAGUCAGAUGGUUCCGGAAUGACCAGGAGGAGAAGGCUGGGGUCGUGUCCACGGGCCUGAUCCGGAAUGGAGACUGGACCUUCCAGACCCUGGUGAUGUUGGAGAUGGUUCCUCAGAGUGGAGAGGUGUACACCUGCCAGGUGGAGCAUCCCAGCCUGACCAACCCUGUCACAGUGGAGUGGAGGGCCCAGUCCACAUCUGCACAGAACAAGAUGCUGAGUGGAAUCGGGGGCUUCGUGCUGGGUCUCAUCUUCCUCGGGCUGGGGCUGUUCAUCUACUUCAGGAACCAGAAAGGACAGUCUGGCCUUCAGCCGACAGGGCUCCUGAGCUGAGUGGAGCUGACAAGACUGGAGGAAGGAGCAUCCCCGUCUCCAUGUUUGGUACCAGUCCCUCCAUUGGCAGAGCUUCCCAGGACCUGGCUCCUCCUGGCUCUGGACCCUUCAGACCCGUGCUCCCUGGUGGCUGGCUGGGCCCCUGCCUGGGCCUGGCAACACCACACAGAACUCCCUCCCCUCCCCUCCCCUGUCCUUCUCCUUCUUGUCCCCUGCACUUUGUCUGAGCUUCUGAGUCAGGCUGUUGUCAUAAUGCUGCCUUAUAUUUUUGUCAAAUAAACAAAUAAUGAAAGUCA